AUGCAAACUUAACAUUUAGAAGAAAUAGGAGUGAAAGAUCCAAUCAAGAUAGGAGAAGGCUCAUUUGGAUAAGUAUAUAAAGGGAAUUAUAAUGGAUAGGAAGUGGCAGUUAAAGUAAAGAUUAUAUAGAGAUAGUACCAGAUAAUUCAAAAUUCAUUUCUUUCUGAGAUAUCAAUCCUAGGAAAAAUAGAUCAUCCUAACAUAAUAAGAUUACUAAAGGUAAAAUAGUACUGAAAUUAGGAAUUCAAAUUUGGGAACAUGUCUUAUUUAGUUAUGGAGUAUUGUUCAGGAGGAACACUCAAAGAUUACAUUUAAAAGAAGUUAACAGAAGACGAAAUAAUAGGAAUUAUGAGAUCUUUAUUAUCAGCUGUAGAGUAUUUGCAUGCUUAAGGAAUUAUUCAUAGAGACAUCAAACCUGGUAUCUAAUUAUGGAUAUUAAUAAAUAGAUAAUAUUUUAAUCAAAAAUAAAAAUGACUUAUCUUCUAUUAAAUUAGCUGAUUUUGGAUUGAGUUUCUAAUAUGAUGCUGAAAUACAGUAUUAUUAAACAGUAUCUCAUUAAUGUGGAACCUUCAUUU